ACUCACUGCUCCUCUAACAGAUUAGGAAAGUAAUGCUCUUCCAACAGUUGUUAAUGAUAUUUAAGCUGGAUUGAAAUUUGUUAGUGAAUUAUUACAGCAAGUUAGUUUGGGGUGAGAAAAUCAUCAGUCCUUCCUAUAAUGCUGGUAACUGAUUUCUGUGGCCCUUAUGGACAGAGCUCAUUUUGUUGGGUUUAGGGAUGACCAUUAAAGGAUUUGGGAAACCUCACUACAGUCUCAUUUGCCCCAGAAUUCUGCCUUGCAAUCUGAAAAGUCAAUUAUGUGCUGCAUUUCUCGUGAACAAGGGAUGAAGUCAAUAAGUGGGGCUUAAUCUAAUGUCCAUAUGGAGAAUUGAUUGAAACAGAUUUCCAGAGUUGGGGUUGCUUUUAAAAAAUGGUAAUUGUGAGCCCUUGGGGUGAAGGACUGGCAGUGUCUCACUGCUGAGAUCUCACUUGGUAAUGGUAAGGAAAUGGAGUCUGAAGGUACUUCCUGGUUUAUCUCCUAAUCUGACUGGUUUCUGCCUUCUUCUGCAGCCUGUGCAGCUGCAGGUGCUGGUGGCAGUCACACUGCAUCUCCGUGGAUCUCUCCAUUCAGAGAAAAGGGGCAUCAUCCCUGGAGCCAGGACAGAUGGGGAGGCCAAACUCAGCUGUGGCUGCUGCUCUGCUGCCCAGGCUCAUCCCAAGGGAACGAUGGCAUUCUCAGGCAAAUACGAGUUCGAGGGCGAUGAGAACUACGAUGCCUUUGUGCAGAAGAUUGGUCUCCCCAGUGACAAGGUUGAAAUGGGAAGGAACUGCAAGAUUGUGACAGAGGUGGUGCAGAAUGGGAAUGACUUCACGUGGACACAGCACUUCCCGGGAGGCCGCACCACCACCAACACCUUCACCGUGGGCAAGGAGGCAGACAUGGAGACCAUGGGAGGGAAGAAGUUCAAGGCAACUGUCAAAAUGGAAGAUGGGAAACUUGUAGCUGAUUUCCCCAACUACCGCCACACUGCAGAGAUCUGUGGGGGGAAGCUGGUGGAGGUGAGUGCUCAAAGAUCCGGGGUAGUUCAUAAAAAAACAAAGAAAAUCCCCAACAUCUGAAGUUUAGGAAAAAAUCUUAAGUGAAGGACAGGCUCUGAGCCAUCCCCAGGGCUGUUCCCCUGGGACUCUGGAGCUCUGAUUACAUUGUCCAACCAAACUUCUGGGUUGUUCUUUGUUCCAGAUUUCUACUUCUUCUGGUGUAGUCUACAAAAGGACCAGCAAAAAGAUUGCCUAAGGCAGCAAGGCCAGUCUCUUCCAGUGCACUGAAAGCCAACAAUAAAAUAAAUAAAAUUAAGUUCUGUCUUUGUCUCUUGGUUUUACGAACAUAAUCGUGUUAAUGCUGACCUCAUUCCUAAAUAUCUGACAGGGGUGGAACCAGAUGAGAUUUAAGGUCCCUCCCAACCCAAACCCUUCUGUGGCUCUGAUUAUCUGC